CAAUGGAGCCCCACUCAUUCCAAAGGAUCAACUUUAUGGACACAGACAAGGUGUUAAAGGAAGUUGAAACCUCAAGAUUUGGAGCAAUCACUCGUAGAGACAUUGUGGCAUACAUUGGCCUGAAUUCAAAUUAUACCGCAAAGCAAAGGACACAUGCAGCAGAGAAGACACAUUUAUACAGUGAGUGCUGCCAAGGCUUUAACCAGGAAUCACUUGUCCUUAUGGAGCAAAGGACACAUGUACAGGCAGAACCUAAUGUGUGUGACAAAUCUGGGCCAGGCUUUAGGUACAAGUCAUCGCUCACCAAACACCAAAAGACAUCCUCAAGUGAGAAGCCUUAUAUGUGUCAUGAGUGUGGGCAAGGGUUUAUCUACAAGUCAAUCCUCAAAGCCCAUCAGAGGACACACUCAGGAGAGAAGCCACAUGUGUGUCAAGAGUGUGGACAAGGCUUUACCCGAAACUCAGGUCUCAUCACACACCAGAGGAUGCAUUCAGGGGAUAAGCCGUAUGUGUGCAAGGAGUGUGGACGAGGCUUUACCUGCAAGUCAACUCUCAUCAGACACCAAAGGACACACUCGGGUGAGAAACCUUACCUGUGCAAGCAAUGUGGGCGAGCCUUUGGCUGCAAUUCAACACUCAUCAGACACCAGAGGAUGCACUCAGGGGAGAAGCCAUAUGUGUGCAAGGAGUGCGGGCAAGGCUUUAGCUACAAUUCAAAUCUCAGCAGACACCAAAAGACACACUCAGGGGAGAAGCCACAUGUUUGUGAGGAGUGUGGACGGGGCUUUAGCUGCAGGUCAAAUCUCAUCAGCCACCGGAGGACACACUCAGGAGAGAAGCCACAGGUCUGUGAGGAGUGUGGACGGGGCUUUAGCUGCAAGGCAAAUCUCAUCAGACACCAGAGGACACACUCAGGAAAAAAGCCACUUGUUUGUGAGAAGUGUGGACGAGCCUUUCGUUGCAAGUCAGUUCUCAUCAUACACCAAAGGACACACUCGGGUGAGAAACCUUACCUGUGCAAAGAGUGUGGGCGAGGCUUCAGCUGCAAGUCAAGUCUCAUCAGACACCAGAGGACACAGUCAGGGGAGCAGCCACACGUGUGUCAGGUGUGUGGAGGAGGCUUUAGCUGCAAAGCAUAUCUCAUCAAACACCAGAGGACACACUUAGGAAAAAACCCACAUGUUUGUGAGGAGUGUGGACGAGGCUUUACCUGCAAGUCAAAUCUCAUCAGCCACAGGAGCACACACUCAGGAGAAAAGCCUCAUGCUUGUGAGGAGUGUGGACUAGGCUUUAGCAACAAGUCAAAUUUCAUCAGACACCAGAGGACACACUCAGGAGAGAAGCCACAUGUUUGUCAGGAGUGUGGGCGAGGCUUUAGCUGCAAGGCAAAUCUCAUCAGACACCAGAGGACACACUCAGGAGAGAAGCCACAUGUUUGUCAGGAGUGUGGACGGGGCUUUAGCUGCAAGACAAAUCUCAUC